CAUCGCGCAGUAUGUCGACGCCUGCGGCCAGGGUCCGCGCUCGGUCUCCUCCCUCCACUCCCUCCCCGCGGGACGCGCAGCGCGGGAGCCCCUCUUUGCACACAGCAGGGUUAGAGGACCACGCACUGUUUUUCAGGAAAGUGACACAGUUAAUUUUGAGGGAAAUGCCAAAAGCUGGAUAUUCCAGCUUACUAAAUGAUUUUGUCGAAUCUAAUUUUUUUGUGAUUGAUGGAGAUUCCUUGCUUGUCACGUGCCUAUGUGAGAAAUCAUUAAAGCAGGGACAGAAUCUCCAUUUCUUCUAUCUGAUGGAAUGCUAUCUUGUGGAUCUUAUGAGUAAUGGAGGACAAUUUGCCAUAGUUUUCUUCAAGGAUGCUGAGUGUGCAUAUUUUGAUUUCCCUGAACUUCUUUCAUUGAGAACUGCUUUAAUUCUCCAUCUUCAACGCAAUACUAACAUCGAUGUUCAAACGGAGUUUUCCGGGUGCUUAUCACUAGACUGGAAAUUAUUCUUGGAAGAUCAUCACCCGUAUUUUCUGGUAGUUUCAGAUGAAGGCCUGAAUGAUCUACAAACAUGUCUUUUUAACUUCUUAAUCAUACAUUCCUGGGGAAUGGGAGUCAAUGUUGUGCUUUCAUCGGGACAAGAAACUGAUAUUCUCAGAUUUUAUGCAUAUAUUAUGGAAAGCACGUACAGAAACCAGACGUUUUCUAAGGAGAAUAAAAUGGUGAUUCAGAGUGCAUAUAUAAGCCUUGUACAACACUUGGAAAAAAGCAGAAUUUUAGCAUUAGCAUUUCAUUUUGGACAUUUGCUGUGGAAAGAUAUGAUGGAAGAGGCACAUCAGACUACAUCUCUGCUUCAGAGCUUAUGGCCAGAAGGAGCAGACAUCCGGCGUGUUCUCUGUGUUACUUCUUGUUCAUUAUCCUUGAGAAUGUACCAUCACUUCUUGGUGGACAGUAAUUGCUUAGCUUUGCAGGAAGUGGAAGAUUUCUGUAGACUGCAAUGCCUCUGUAUGGCUUUUCAGCUCCACCUACCUCUUUCUCAGAGAGCUUAUUCACGAAUCAUCACUUCCUCUUGGAUUGGGGACAUCGAUACUUUCUUAAAAAUGAAAAAGUGGUGUGAAUAUUUCAUUUUAGGAAAUUUAAACUUUUUUGGAUGCUGGAAUCUGAAUUUAAAUCAUAUUUCUGACUUACAUGAUGAGAAUUUGUUGAAGAACAUUGCCUUUUACUAUGAACUUGAAAAUACUCAAGAUGUACAUCUGAAUUUGGGAGAUUACAUUAGGAGGGAUUAUGAACACCUGUGGAAUUUUGUGUCACAGCUGGUUAAAGAAUUUAAUGUAGGAAAGUGUUUUCCUCUGAGAACAACAAGAAGACAUUUUCUUAGUAGGACGCAGUCAACAAUCCAAGAAAUUUCCUUGAAAAAGAUGCCUAGUUUGGGUUUUAUUCCAAUGACAUCUUCGGUAAUUGAUAAGUUUGUUGGAGACAUGGUGAAGGAUUUGCCUAUUCUAAAGAGUGAUGAUCCAGUUAUUACUUCACUGUUUAAACGAAAGGAAACUGAUGAACUUUUGCACUGGCAUGCUCAUAGACCUCUUACUGAUGUCUAUGACAGGACCAAGUGUCACUUUGAUGAAAAAUCUAGAGACCCUCAUGUUAUUAAUGGCCUAAAAAUGAAUCAGGCUUAUGAGAAAUUUUAUGGAAACUCAUUAGAAUCAAUCUCUUCAAAAGUCAUUGUAACACAAACUACACAGCCGAAGGACGAUUCCAGUGGUGCCAACAGUGAAAUAUUACAGGAUACAGAACACAAAAAAAUUAUUAGAAAGAAAACGAAAAGGUCAAUUCUCAAAGAUGAUCAGAAAGAAAAACGACAAUGGAAUGCUCUGUCAUUUUCUAUUGAAGAGGAGAUGAAAGAGAAUUUAAAUUCUGGAAUAAAGAAAUUAGAAGAAUUUUUGAUGUCAUGUACAAGUAAUUCAGUGAAACUUCAAGUUGAAAUGGUAGGGUUAAUCGCCUGCUUUAAAGCAUGGAAAGAACAUUGCCAAGGUGGAGGCAAAAUUUCAAAAGACUUAAGUAUAGCUGUUCAAAUGAUGAAAAGGAUCCAUUCACUCCUGGAGGGAUACCCAGAAAUUUUGGAAGAGGAACAUCAUCAAUUUAUAGCUAAAUGCCUUAAAUAUUUAGGCUUUCAUGAUUUGGCAAACUCUUUAGAUCCAUCCCUGAUGUUAGGAGAUGACAACAAAAAGAAGGAAAAGAAUAAAUCUUCAAUUGGCAUUGGACCAGCUAGGUUUCAACUACAGUACAUGGGCUAUUACUUGAUACGAGAUGAGAGAAAAGAUCCAGAUGCCAGAGUUCAGGAUUUUAUUCCUGACACAUGGCAGCGAGAGCUCCUCGAUGUCGUGGAUAAUUAUGAGUCAGCAGUGAUUGUUGCCCCAACGUCCUCAGGCAAAACCUACGCUUCCUACUACUGCAUGGAGAAAGUGCUGAAGGAGAGCGAUGAAGGGGUGGUUGUGUAUGUUGCACCCACAAAGGCCCUUGUUGGUCAAGUGGUAGCAACUGUUCAGAAUCGUUUUACUAAAAAGUUGCCGCAUGGCAGAGUCCUGUGUGGUGCUUUCACAAGAGAUUACCGUUAUAAUGCACUGAACUGUCAGGUACUUAUUACGGUGCCUGCAUGUUUUGAAAAUCUGUUGCUUGCUCCCCGUUGCCAAAAAUGGGUGAAAAGGAUCAGAUAUGUUAUAUUUGAUGAGGUCCAUUAUCUUGGCAGAGAAACUGGAGGAAAACUUUGGGAGCUUCUCCUUGUCAUGAUCCGAUGUCCCUUUUUGGUUCUUUCAGCUACCAUAAAUAACCCUAAUCAUCUCACUAAGUGGCUGCAAUCAGUAAAACGGUACUGGAAACAGGAAGACAAGAUUAUGGAGGAAAAAUUUAUUUCUGAAAAAAAGGCUGACAAAUGUUUCCACUUUCUCAAAGACAACUUGCAUAUAAAUCAAUCCUAUGAAGUUAGACUUGUGCUCUAUGGAGAGAGAUACAAUGAUUUAGAGAAGCAUAUAUGUUCAGUAAAGCAUGAUGAUAUUUAUUUUGAUCAUUUUCACCCAUAUGCAGCAUUAACGACAGAUCUUAUUGAAAAGUCUGGAUUCCCUCCUGAUCUUACUCUUUCCCCUCAAGAAAGCAUCCAGCUUUAUGAUACCAUGGUUCAAGUCUGGAAAACUUGGCCCCGGGCUCAGGAGUUGUGUCCAGAGAACUUCAUUCAUUUUAAGAACAAAAUCGUCAUUAAAAAGUUGGAUGCUAGAAAAUAUGAAGAAAACUUAAAGGCAGAAUUAACAAAUUGGAUUAAAAAUGGCAAUGUAAAGAAGGCUGAAAGAGUACUGAGGAAUCUUAGCCCAGAUUCAUUGUCUAAUUCAGAAGAUAUGGAAAAAAUGUUUCCCCUUCUCAUUGAAAAAUUAAGACAAAUGGAUAAGUUGCCUGCACUAGUUUUUUGUUUUAAGAAUGAUGAUGUGGAAAAAAAAGCUAGAAGUAUGUGCAAUUUACUGGUGAAGAAAGAGGGAGAAAGCCAUCCGCAAACUGAAUGUCAUAGCUAUGUCCAUGACAUAGGUAAGAAAAUUGAAGAAACUGAAAAAAUCAUGAAGAAACAAAAGGGCAUCAACAUUAAAAAAGACCAGGGAAAGGCCAGGAAAUUGGCAAGAAAACUGAGUUUUGAAGCUGAAUAUAUUAAUUUCCUGGAGAAUCUGAAGAAGAUUCUAGAAAUCUCUAAGGACCACACAUAUGCUGAUGUCAAUGCACUACACACGGAGAUCGUGGAGAAUCGCUCAACUUUGAACAAGGUGUUUCAACGAGUACAAUCAACAAGAAAAGGUGAAGAACUGAAGGCGUUAGCCCAGAGAGGAAUUGGAUAUCAUCACAACUCCAUGUAUUUUAAAGAAAAAGAGUUAGUUGAGAUACUCUUCAUGAAAGGGUUUAUCAGGGUUGUGACAGCCACUGGAACACUUGCCUUAGGAAUCCAUGUGCCAUGUAAAUCUGUUGUUUUUGCUCAAGACUCAGUCUAUCUAGAUGCUUUAAAUUACAGACAGAUGUCUGGUCGUGCUGGAAGACGAGGUCAAGACCUGCUGGGAAAUGUGUAUUUCUUUGAUAUUCCAUUGCCCAAAAUUAAAAGACUCAUCACAUCUAAUGUUCCUGAGUUGAGAGGACAGUUCCCUCUCAGCAUAAGCCUGGUCCUGCGACUUAUGCUUCUGGCAUCCAAGGGAGGUGACCCAGAGGAUGCCACAGCCAAGGUGCUGUCAGUGCUGAAGCAUUCAUUGCUGACUUUUAAACGACAAAGAGCCUUGGAUAUUUUGAAACUUUACUUCUUGUUUUCUUUGCAGUUCCUGGUCAAAGAGGGCUAUUUAGAUCAAGAAGGUAAACCUAUGAAAUUUGCAGAACUUGUGUCACAUUUGCAUGGUCAUGAACCUUCAAAUUUUGUUUUUGUCAGUUUUCUUAUGAAAGGUCUUUUCCAUAAUCUCUGUCAGCCAACCUCAAAAGGCUCACAACAGUUUUCUCAGGAUGUGAUGGAAAAGCUCAUGUUAGUAUUGGCCAAUUUGUUUGGAAGGAACUAUUUUCCAGCAAAAUUGCGAGAUGCUAAUUUAAGUUUUUCUCAAUCAGAGGUAAUCCUUGGUGAACUCCCGGAGGAUUUUAAAGCUGCUUUACAUGAGUAUAACUUGAAAGUGACAAAGGACUUUGCCUCCUUCCUGCUGUUUGCUUCCAAGUUGGCGAACACGAGAAAUGAAUCUCAACUCCCUUUAUCAAGAAUCAAAUUUACAGGUAAAAAAUGUGAAGACUCCCAGCUUGUGUCUCACUUGAUGAGCUGCAAGGAAGGAAGAAUAGCCAUUUCACCAUUUGUUUGUCUCUCCGGAAACACAGAUGAUGAUUUGCUUCGACCAGAGAUGAUCAACCAGGUCAUUCUGCGCACAAUCAGUGUCAAUGGCACUCAGGCUCCCAUGCUGUGGACACAGAAAUUAGAUAACCAAGGAAGAAGAAUGCCACUAAAUGCUUAUGCACUCAAUUUCUACAAACAUGGCUGCUUGACAAGAUUAGGCCAAACCAGUGGGAUGACUAGGGGGAAGCUUUUAAAGCUUUUAAAAGACUUUGCAUUCAACAUUCAGGAUAUCAGUGAUUCCUUGAGUGAACUAUGUGAAGAUGAGCAUGACAAUGUGGUCUUAGCAUUUAAACAAUUGAGUCAAAGCUUCUAUGAAAAACUUCAAGAAGUCCAAACUCAAAUGCAUCCACAUCAUUUGAGAUAA